AUGACUGCUAUUGAAUUUACUAUUGAUUUCUUAGUUAAUUUAAGUCUUUUCUGCUUAAUUCUUUGCAAUAAAAUUCAACGUCUGAUUAGAUUUCACCAUUACGCUUUUUUAAUUAACUAAGUAGUAAUGGUUGCAGUAACAUUUUACAAUGUAAUGUCUUAAUAGAAUUAUGAAUCUCAGGAAUAUAGCGCUGAGUUUCAAUAUUUCUAUCUGGGUGCUAUAUUAUAUGGCCUAGUCCUAGGAUAUAGUUUUUUAUAUAGAUUAGCUAUUUUGAUGAUCACUACAUUUCUCUAUUUAGGACUUGCUCUAUCAGAUAGCAAAAAUUAAAAGCCACUAAUAGCUGUAAUUAUUUUAAGCAAUUUGGUGCUUUACCUCAACAAAACUUAUUAAGAUGAAAAAGAAAAGCGAUUGUUUUAUAUAGCAAAUCAGAGAAUUAGUUUUUGGAAUAAUAUAAUUUAGAAUGUACUACCUAUAAAUAUGAUAGUUGUUAAGUAUGACGAAGAAUUCUCAAGAGUCAAACUUGAAACAUCAAAUUGUAUGACAUAAAAGAAUUUAGGGAUAAUAGACGAUGAAAGUUUACAAGAUUUUUUAGAAAAAACGAAGUUAGAAGUUCAAACUAAAACUUCAAGCACACAUAAUAGCGAAAGUACGUUGCUUACUAACGGGAACAGUCCAUACUAUAAUUCUAAAAUUCAAACUAGUGGCUUAUAGCAAAUGCAAAUAUAAAGAACCCUUUCAAAGUAUAAAGUUAAGUAAUCUCAAAGCUUAUCUUAACCAGAUCCACAUAUCUUUCAAACUCCUACGUUGAAACCUUAGACAACAUUUAACCAACAAUAGCCUACUUAAACAUUUAGAUAGAGCUUGACAAAUAGCCCUUAAUAAAAAUAGUAAGUAGUGCACAGUCAAGCAAAACAGCUUACUUUGAAGUAAUUGGUCAAAGAAGAAAUUUUGCUAAAAAUCAAAAAUCAAAAAAAUUCUUAAAGCGAAGCAGAAAAAGAUAGAUUCAACUCUCAGCGUCAUUCAUUCAUCAAUUAAAAUAAUGAUAAUAGAUACUAAACUUAUAAUGGAGAAUAUCAAAAAUCAAUAAACAGUGAAAUACAAAAGUUUGGUUUGCGUAUUUACACAUUCACGAUGAUAGGAUAUUAUGCGCUUAUUUGUUUUGAGAAUGAAUCUUAUAAAGAGAAAUACUCGAAUUCAAAAACAAAAUUUAAAGUUCUCAAAUAUUUGUUCAGAUGUACGAUUACAAAAAGCAUCAAAAAAUUAAUUACCUAAAAUGAAAUGAUAGAUUAAUUUUUAUCAUCAUUUGAAUCAUUCAAAAAGAUUACAUUUUAAAAAAGUUAAUAACUUACACAAAAAUAAAGUACCUUUAAUACACCACACGAAAAUUAAAACCAGCACACCCCAGCUUAAAAAUAAAAUUAAUUUGAAACACAGCAAUCAUACCAUAACAAUACUACAAACUAUGACAUACCUUCACUUACUCAUUUAAACAAAGACUUCAAAAAUAAUCUAAAUACAAAAAACAUUUUCAUGUCUGAAAAUAAUUUUGAUGAUACUAUUGCUUAAAACAAUAUAAUUUAAAAUGGUGAUCAUACUAAAUCUGCUUUUAACAUUGACAAUAUUAACAAGGAUAAAAGCAACAACAGUAAUAAGCUAAGCAAUAGUAUCAUAGUGAAACCUUAAGAAUUUUUAACACACUUGAAAGACUAAAUAUAGGAAAUUCAACUAAAUUUCUCGAAUAUAAUGCACUUAUUUGGAUAAAAAAAAAGGACCGAAUACAUCAUCAGUGAGAUUUCUAUUUAAGAUUUUUUAAAAAGAAUCUAAUAAAAGUUUAAAAAUUAAUUUAAAAGAUAAAAAAUUAACUUUACACAUACAGUAAUAACAUCAUUUGAUGAGCAAAAGGAUUUAAUUUUAAAGUAGGAUGAAAGAAGAUUGUUUUAAAUAAUCAACAAUUUAAUUUAUAAUGCUAUCGAAUAUAAUAAUUAUAACUUCACUUCUGAUGAUCACAGAUUUAUAAAAAUAGAAGUUACUUCCACUCAAUCAGAACCAAAUCAUUUGAAUAUUAAAAUUACAAAUUCCACUUAAUUUCUCAGAGAAAACCAAUUAUAGCAAGAAAAUUCUUUAUUUUCAGAACCUAAUUGCUUAUACUUGAGUACAAGAAACGAUUUAAUGCUUAAGUUUUACAAAAUUUACAAUUAAUUCAAAAUUGGGUUGAGAACAACAAGAAAAUUAGUAAAGUAAAUUGGUCCUUUCGACGAUUUAAAGUUGAUGAGAACAAGUGAAGAAUGUAUAGUUUCUUUUACGAUUUACAAAAAUAUUGAAAUUCUAAAAAAAGAUGUGCAAAUUACUCUAGGCAGCAAUCUUAAGAAUUAAAUACAGCACAAUAUAAAUAUAUCAGCUAACAAUUAAAUUACUUUAGCCAAUAAUAUUCUAAAUUAUUAGUCUCAUUCAACUGAAAAUCAAUUUAUAUCAACUAAAUAAACUUCUAAAAUAUUUAGCAACAAUCGUAAUGAAAUUAUAUAGUUGGAUAAAAAUUUGCAUUUAGGCGAUAACUCAUUGACUAGUCAAGAUUAUAUUUAAGAAUUAAGAAACCUCUCUGAAUUUAAUAGUGCUCUAGAUUUCAAUAAUUUUAAAACCAAAUAAAAUUUAUUUAACGAAGAUAAUCUAAUCAAUUUAAAAAAAAUUCACUAAAGUGUAUCUUGA